AUGCAUAGUAGGAUCAGAUUGCGGAUAUCAAACGAAGCUUGGGAAAGGAAAUCAAAAAGUGGGCAAGGAACAGCUGAAUUCAAGAGGGCGUUAAAUGAUAAGCACGCAAUUGUGUUCUUUUUCGUAGGUAUGGCUGUAAAUCUAAACCUCGAUACAAGUCUCCUAACUGAACGAGUUUUUGAGGUGGAAAACUUUACGAAUAUUACUAUUUUUCUAUAUUUCAGUGUCGUCGUCAUAGUAUGCAUUCUUUACAUGUUCUUGAUACCCCCAGAUUUCUGGCAACUUGUAGCCGGUGUGUGGACGUUAUCUGCUUCUCGUUUUUGCCACCUUCUUCUGUCUAUAUUUGCUCACGGAAAGUCUGGGAGAAAUUUGUUUUUGUUGUUUUACUCAAUUAAUGGUUUUCUGAGAGGAAUCAUUUCACUUACUAGCUCACAUGUUAUAGGGGAAUACUUUUUGAUUGAGUCUUAUAUUCACUUUAUUAACGGUAGUGUCUUCUUCUCAAUUUUGUCCUCAUUAUUGCAAAUUAUAGUCGGUCUUAUCAUCGGAGAUGAAACUGUUCGUCAAGUACGACGUAACUUAGUUAUAUGUCAGAGUGCGUAUCUCUCUGAGACAUUAUUUGCAUCAAUAUGGGUUACAAUCAUCUUCAUAGAAUAUCAUUCAGAUAUAAAUAAAGCAAAGGAAGAACAUAAAAAAAAUGAAGAAGGACAAAAAUACUCACAGGCUAUUAAAAAGUUUACAUAUAUCCGAUAUUACAUUUCUAAGUUUUUUGUUUCGUUUUUUGCAUCUCUGUUUCGUGUUGUUUUCCAUCCUGUGUUAAUUCCAUAUAUGAUGGAUGUACCAAACGUUAACAAGCUGUUGGCUUCUAUCGUUUUUACAUUUUCUGAGUUUUUGGGUAGAUUAACCACAUUUCAAAUUGAUGAAUAUAUCGAUGCCAGUAAAAAGGCCCAUGAUAUAUCGAAUACUAUAUUUUUAUUUAGACAGGACUUGCACUUGUAUUUGUUGUUUUGUUAUCAAUUUAUCAUCUGUACAUUAGCUGUUUACUCCACAUGGUUCCAGAAAUAUGGAAUCAGCAAGAAUCCAUACUUUGUAACUUUCAUAACCAUGACAUCAGGACUAGUGUCUGGUUAUAAUGAUAACAGAGCCGUCCGUGGUUCUGAAGCUGUUCUACAUUACUAUAGUAAACCGAAAAACAUAAUAACUUCUAAAGACGAGCAAUCCUCCAGCUCUAACAAUUCAAGCGACAUUACACCAGAAAUUGCAAAAGAUACAUCCAAUGUUAGCGAUGUAAUUACACUACUAAGUUAUUCUUCCUUUUUGGUAGGAUGUUUGAUUUCAUACUAUUUACAACAUGCGAUCAUUAGACGUAAGGAGACCUUGGAGUUCAUCAUUCUCUCACACAAGAAGUACAUAGAUAAAGAAUCAGUUAAAAUACUGGCAAAAAAACUAAAUUUGUAA